AUGGUCGCUGCUCACGCUUCCCAUUCGUCCUCCUCCAGCGAGUGGAUCGCUUGCCUGGAUAAAAGACCAUUGGAACGUUCCAGUGAAGAUGUGGAUAUUAUAUUCACCCGACUGAAAGAAGUGAAAGCUUUUGAGAAAUUUCAUCCAAACCUUCUCCAGCAGAUAUGUCUCUGUGGAUACUAUGAAAAUCUGGAAAAGGGAAUCACAUUAUUUCGUCAGGGUGAUAUCGGAACAAAUUGGUAUGCUGUUUUGGCAGGAUCACUGGAUGUUAAAGUUUCUGAUACGAGCAACUACCAGGAUGCUGUGACAAUAUGUACCCUGGGAAUAGGAACCGCUUUUGGAGAGUCAAUUCUGGAUAAUACCCCUCGCCAUGCUACUAUUGUUACCAGGGAAUACAGUGAGCUCCUUCGAAUUGAGCAGAAGGAUUUCAAAGCACUUUGGGAGAAAUAUCGACAGUACAUGUCAGGACUUCUGGCUCCUCCUUAUGGUGUUAUGGAAAGUGGCUCUAACAAUGACAGGAUGCCUGACAAGGAGAAUAUGUCUAGUAAUGCUCUUUGCCCAGUAUCUAAAAACAGUAAUAAGACACCACUCAUUGAACCUCACAUCCCACUUCGUCCUGCUAAAACUAUUACACAGGUGCCAUCAGAAAAGAUCCUCAGAGCUGGAAAGAUUUUACGCAAUGCAAUUCUUUCCCGAGCACCUCAUAUGAUAAGAGAUCGUAAAUAUCAUCUGAAGACUUACAGGCAAUGUUGUGUAGGAACAGAACUGGUGGACUGGAUGAUGCAACAAAGUCCUUGUGUUCAUUCACGAACACAGGCUGUCGGCAUGUGGCAAGUAUUGCUGGAGGAAGGUGUUCUUAACCAUGUGGAUCAAGAACACCAUUUCCAAGACAAAUACUUGUUUUAUCGAUUUUUGGAUGAUGAGCAUGAAGAUGCCCCAAUGCCAACUGAGGAAGAGAAGAAGGAAUGUGAUGAGGAGCUGCAGGAUACUAUGCUUCUGCUGUCUCAGAUUGGUCCAGAUGCCCAUAUGAGGAUGAUUCUUAGAAAACCACCUGGCCAGAGAACUGUAGAUGAUCUAGAAAUUAUAUACGAAGAACUUCUUCACAUUAAGGCCUUAUCUCAUCUUUCUACCACAGUAAAGCGAGAAUUAGCAGGUGUUCUAAUCUUUGAGUCACAUCCCAAAGCAGGAACUGUUUUAUUCAAUCAGGGAGAAGAAGGUACUUCCUGGUACAUUAUCCUAAAGGGAUCGGUAAAUGUAGUCAUUUAUGGCAAGGGUGUGGUAUGUACCCUACACGAAGGAGAUGAUUUUGGCAAGUUAGCGCUAGUGAAUGAUGCUCCGAGAGCAGCGUCCAUUGUUUUACGAGAAGAUAACUGCCACUUCUUGAGAGUAGACAAGGAGGACUUUAAUAGAAUACUUAGGGAUGUUGAAGCAAAUACAGUAAGACUCAAAGAACAUGACCAAGAUGUCUUGGUAUUGGAGAAAAUCCUAGCAGGAAACAGAGCUUCUAAUCAAGGAAACGCACAACCUCAGCACAAGUAUACUGUGAUGUCAGGAACUCCAGAGAAAAUUUUAGAGCACUUUCUAGAAACUAUGCGCCUUGAAUCAACUUUAAAUGAAGCGACAGAUUCUGUUUUAAAUGAUUUUGUUAUGAUGCACUGUGUUUUUAUGCCAAAUAGUCAGCUUUGUCCAGCCUUGAUGGCACAUUACCAUGCCCAGCCCUCCCAAGGUUCAGAGCAGGAGAAAAUGGAUUAUGCACUUAAUAAUAAAAGGCGAGUCAUCCGACUGGUUCUACAGUGGGCUGCUUUGUAUGGAGAUCUACUACAAGAGGAUGAAGCAGGAAUGGCCUUUCUGGAGGAAUUUUAUGUAUCUGUAUCAGAUGAUGCAAGAAUUAUUACAGCACUAAAAGAGCAACUCUCAGAGCUAGAUAAGACUGUAAAACAAAUUUCAGAAGAAACUAAGGCGCCACAAAAGAAGCACAAAGUACUUUUGCAGCAGUUUAACACAACUGAUGACAGAGCUCAAAAACGCCAGCCAAUCAGGGGGAGUGAUGAAAUUCUGUUUAAGGUAUACUGUAUAGAUCACACCUACACUACUAUCCGCGUGCCGGUGGUGGCCUCUGUUAAGGAAGUGAUCAGCGCGGUAGCAGAUAAACUGGGUUCUGGAGAAGGCUUGAUCAUAGUAAAGAUGAGUUCAGGAGGAGAAAAGGUUGUGCUCAAACCUAAUGAUGUUUCAGCAUUUACGACUCUCAGUGUUAAUGGACGGCUGUUCGCUUGCCCACGAGACCAAUUUGAUUCCCUGACACCUCUGCCAGAACAAGAAGGCCCAUCGACUGGAACUGUAGGAACUUUUGAACUCAUGAGCUCCAAAGACUUAGCAUACCAGAUGACAAUUUAUGAUUGGGAGCUCUUCAACUGUGUGCAUGAGCUGGAGCUGAUUUACCACACAUUUGGAAGGCACAAUUUUAAAAAGACCACAGCAAAUUUGGACUUGUUUUUGAGAAGAUUUAAUGAAAUCCAGUUCUGGGUGGUCACAGAGAUUUGUCUUUGCUCCCAACUCAGCAAGCGUGUUCAACUGUUAAAGAAAUUCAUUAAGAUAGCAGCCCACUGUAAGGAAUACAAAAAUCUUAAUUCCUUUUUCGCUAUUAUCAUGGGACUGAGUAAUGUUGCUGUGAGCCGCCUUUCACUAACAUGGGAGAAACUUCCAAGCAAGUUCAAGAAGAUCUAUGCAGAGUUUGAAAGCUUGAUGGAUCCAUCAAGAAACCAUAGGGCCUACAGGCUUACUGUAGCUAAACUGGACCCUCCUAUAAUUCCCUUCAUGCCCUUACUUAUAAAAGACAUGACGUUUACUCAUGAGGGGAACAAGACAUUCAUUGACAAUCUAGUAAACUUUGAAAAAAUGCGUAUGAUCGCCAACACUGUAAGGACAGUGAAAUUUUGCCGAAGCCAAUCUUUCAAUCCUGACGCAGCUCUAACUAAUAAGAACCAUCAGGAUGUACGGAGCUAUGUACGACAAUUAAAUGUGAUUGACAACCAGAGAACUUUAUCACAGAUGUCUCACCGACUAGAACCACGUCGAGCAUAA